GCGCCCAUUCGACUACUCGCCCUAGGCGACCCGCAACUCGAAGGCGACAGCUCCCUGCCUGAUCCGAAUGCGCCGCUUUUUCCUGGUCUUGUUGGCCUACGACAUGGUCUAUGGGUCGAGCCCCUGGACAAGGCAGCGCGCCUCGCCCGACGAGCGAUCACGGACAUUGCAACGAGAGACAUUCCGCGAUACGUGCAGACGCAGCGCAAGAGGUUGGAUCUUCUGGGUAACGAUUACUACCUCGCACACAUCUACCGCACGACCAAAUGGUGGACCCAGCCAACCCACAUCUCCGUCUUGGGUGACUUGCUCGGUAGUCAAUGGAUCAGCAAUCAAGAGUUUGACCGACGAGCCGACAGGUUUUGGAAUCGUGUCUUUGUAGAUGCACACUUUUGGAAACACAAAGCCGAGGGAAAAGAGCUUGAGGACGUCCAUGGUUGGGACUUUUUGGAUAUGGCCAACGCUAGCCAGGCGCCCGCCCUGCUGAAUGUGGCUGGAAACCACGAUAUCGGAUAUGCUGGCGAUGUCGAUCAACGUCGCAUCGACCGCUUCGAAGGUGCUUUUGGUCAGGUCAACUGGCGCAUCAGAAUUCCCCAUGCUGUUCCGCAGUCCAAUCUCACCACGGAGCUGCACCUCGUAAAUCUCAACUCGAUGAUCUUGGAUAAUCCUGCUUGGAAUCAACAUCUGUAUCAUGCGACCCAUGAAUACCUGGAUCAAGUCAUCAACGACACACAUACUCGCAGCCCUCAAGAUGCUGUCAUCCUCCUCACCCAUGUACCUUUGUACAAACCGGCAGGUAUCUGCGUGGAUCCUCCUUUCUUCAGCUAUUUUGAGCCUCGCCAUGGUGGUGGCAUUCGCGAGCAGAACCACCUCUCCGAACAAUCGAGCGGCAAGAUAUUGAAUGGCCUGUUUCAGCAGAGUAGCCGAGAGAAGCGUGCCGGUAUUGUACUCAACGGUCAUGACCAUGAGGGCUGUGAUACAUGGCACAACCGCUUCGAGGCAGAUCAAGAGCAAUGGAACCACACCAGGUAUUCUGCCACCAACAAAACUGCAACCGGCAUUCGGGAGGUUACUGUACGCAGCAUGAUGGGAGACUAUGGCGGAAAUGUUGGCCUUCUAUCUGCUUGGUUUGACGCAGACGAUGCUGUCUGGAAGUUCGAGUACGCUACUUGCGCGCUCGGCAAGCAGCACAUCUGGUGGGCCAUUCACAUUGUCGAUUCCGUAGUCAUUGCUUUGGGACUCGCGAGUGUAAUCCUU